CUUUGUCCAGAAAUGUGAAGCGAGAGACGUCCCCUUACAAGCCAUCCAAGAAGCGCCUGCAUAGACUACUGCUUUCGCUUGAUAACAUCUAGCGCUUUCCUAUCAUUGUCUCGGACAUGCCCAACUUGUUCAAUCGAGAGUAAGACAGACACACUACAUUGUAGGACAGGAUGCAUGGAUUCUGCGAAGUGGUCGCGCAAUGGGAAUCAUGGGGAUCCGUCGAUUGCAACCGCAGACCUUGACGAAAUGCAGCGCAAAAUCCAAGACUACGUUGCACGCCUCAACGCCAUCCGUACGGUAGACCGUGAUCCUCUUCGCACAGUCGUGACACCGGUCUUGGUGUCCGACAGAGCCCGAGUGCGAACAAUGAGGACGUGCUGGGCGAUUCGGAUCUCCGGAACGAGGCAAGGGCGAAGGGCGGUGCACCACUGGCAUCCGGUGGUCGACGCUCUGAGAGAGCUAGACAUCUAUAAUAAUCACAAGCGCAACGGCAUUCCUGCCAGCUUCAAGAAUGCCUCCGAGCAAGCCCAGACGGCCUUGUUGGCCGGACUCAUCGACACCGAUGGGUGGGCGAACGACAACGGCACAUCGUUCGGUUUCGCCCAAUCUGUGCGCCAUGAGCAGAUCCUAGAUCACGCUCGUGAGCUCGCGGGAGGUUUAGGAAUCAAAGCGGGGGAACGUCGUCUUGUUCGGGUGCCGAAUCCGGCCAAUCCAGAGGAGCUCGUAGAAAGCCUCAAUUUUCAGCUGCACGGCCCAAACCUCGCGAAGCUGCAGCGUUACUUGGCGCUGGAGCGCAAGAGGCUUCGCCCAAGCUGGGUUGAUGCCGAACUACGUAGCAUUGGGGUCGAGCAGCUGACUCGUGCUCCAAGAGGUCGUCAGAUUCGGGUCAGGGGCCGCGAGAGCAGCCGUGUCCAGCUGGCGGCGGGUUAUGGUGUGACAGAGCCGCGAGAGGAGAGAGAGUAGCACACCCUCUGUAUUAAGCGAGACACAUAGUCUCAUACACAGAUAUGUUGGCGGUCGGCCCCAUCCACCUAGAUAUAUAGAAUGUACCAGCAGCCAACGAUCAGCCCUCCAUACUUUCCCAAAACACGAUUGGAUUCUUCAGUCGAAGUUCAGCAGCCAAUGAUACAGAACCAGUCUUGAAAGCCUUCUCGUGA